UCGGCUGCCCCAAAUUUCCCACCAGAGAAAAACCCUAAUCGCCAAAUCGAAAAUUUGAAUCCCUUAUCCCUUAAUUAGUCAAAAAGAGACGACAAACUUCCAGACUUAAGAAUCUUUCAAUCCUUUCCUCCGGAUCGCUAUAAAUACCCGCUUUCGGUAGCCAAAUUGCGUUACAUCUAUACUUCCAACUUCCUCUGCGACUCUUAUCAUCUUUGGUCAUCUCCUCUGCGACUCACUCGGAUUUCUAAUGGGCGAAGGAUUGAAGAAGAUGUUCAACGAUAAGUACUCCUCAUAUCAGGCCGAGGAGGAAGAAGAUCUCGGCGAGGACACCGAUUCCGGCGGAGAAUCGGAUUCCGCACCGUCGCCCCGAAGCCAGCUACAGAGAUCGCCUUCAUCUCGCUUCGAUUCCGACAACCCACUUUACGAUUUCUCCUACCUCGUCGAGCAGCUACCUGUGAAGAAAGGUCUCUCCAAAUACUACCAGGGAAAGUCUCAAUCAUUCACAUCCCUCUUAGAAGUAAAUUCUUUGGAAGAUCUUCCCAAGAAGGAGAAAGAGGUUAUCUACCCAAGAAAGAUGAAGUCCUGCAAGAGCUAUACAAAUCUGGAUUUGGCUGAAAUGUCUGUUUCUUUAUCAUCUGAGAACAAAACCAUUCCAAAGAAGAACCCUCCAGCCAUGGCUUCUUGUGCUUCUUCCAUUGCCAGAAGCAACAGUGGCGGCUUUCUUAGCUGCGGUCGCCGCCGUCCGCCCAUUCCGGUGAACAAACGCCAGUAAACUCGCUUUAGAAGUCCUGUAACCAAGUUAACUAAGGCUUUGUUUGGGACGGCUUUGUUGCUGCUUCUUAAAGCAGCUUUCUUGUUCAAUAAUUAAAAUUUUUGUACUAAAAAUCUGCUUUAAGAAGCAAUAAGAAAGCCAUCCCAAACGAAAGCCUAAACCAGAGUCUUAUUGUUUCCUUGUUGAAAUUUUUUGUAUAUAAGAGGGAGGUUCAGGUGGCAUUGAGAAACUUCUUUUAAGACUUUUUUGUUAGAAAAAUUUGAGUUCAAUUUCAAUAGUAUUUGAUUCUGAAUUUUGCUGAUU